CAUACGAAAACAGCGAUACGGAAUAUGAGGGGAUUAUGAAAAUCUGCAGGCAGUGACAUCAUAGUAGGAGCAUAUCAUGUGACAAAAUCACGUGACAAAAUCACGUGACAAAAUCACGUGACCAAGAGUAUAAAAAUUGUGCUGCAGAUUGAACUGCAUUCAAACCGUUCUGUAGUGACCCCCCAGCGAAGAAAUGAGUGCAACCAUGGAAGAACUCUUGGAAAUGGAAAGUCGAUUGUGGGACCAGACCGAUCGAUUGACUUCGCAAGAAGAAUACCUCGCAUGGGAAGAACGAUGCAACGAGUGCCUCGAGUCGCUGGAAGAACAUAGUCGAGCAAAACGCCCUCGAUUAUCGAUCGGUGUUCAACAAUCGUUGAUCGCUCGCAUCGCGCGUCUCGAUAGUCUAAAGUAUUCGUUGCGCAGACGUUUCGUGUACGAAGGUGCCGGCUAUUCAAGCACUGGACUCUUGUGGCGUGAAAUAAACAAACAACGCGUGUUGUUUUAAAUUCCCACUACAUCGAACCGCGUAACUUUCUUCAGGAUGCGAGAGACGUUGUGCUCGAGCAUAUACGGGGUGCAUUGGUGAAACAUAAGACACUAAAAGUGAAUACCGCGUUUAAUGGAGAGUUUGUAGCAGGUGAUAAACGCUCAAACAAGACUAUCAGCACGAAAAACUGUGAAAUCUUCGGCGCGAUCAAUCUCGAAGAGUGGUACGAGCAACGCGUCGUCGAACCCACCCUAGCAUCGCUGGAAGAAUUUCAAGAACGGGAUAGCGGAUGGGCGCUGUCGCGUAUACUCAAUUUAAUUGUUAACGUGAAUAAAUAUAUACCACAAUAAAUAUAUACCAGCAACGUAUGCUCGAACGACAAUGCAUGUUUCGCGUGGUCAGUGGUGGCUGCUCUGCAUCCAGCCGAAAGUCACGUAUAUCGUACAUCGGCAUAUCCUCAUUACUCAACAGUGUUGAAUAUCCAGGAUAUCGAAUUUCCAAUGACAUUGAACCAAAUUAAAAAGUUUGAACACGCUAACAGCAUCUCCAUCAACAUCUACAUCACUGAAGAAAAGAAGGUUCUACCGAUACGGCUCGCCACACGGAAGAUGGAGAGACAUGUCAAUUUGCUGUAUUUAGAAGGAGCAAACGGCGUGGGGCAUUUCGCGUGGAUCAAAAACUUAUCGCGCCUCGUGAGCUCACAAUUGAGUAAAAAUAAUCAUCGAAAAUACUUUUGCGAUAGAUGCUUGCACUACUUUAGUUCCAGUGAGAAGCUGGACGCUCACACCGUAGAUUGCGAGAAGAUGAAUGAUUGCGCAAUCGUAUUACCAGAUAAUGACAGCAAGUGGCUCAGCUUCAACAACUACAUCCGGAAAGAGCGACUUCCAUUUGUGGUGUACGCCGACCUCGAGUGCAUUCUAGAGAAAACUGAUGGAGGAGCGCGAAAAUACACGUAUCAGCAUCAUAAAGUAUUUAGUAUUGCAUAUUAUGUCCAAUGCGCGUACGAUUCGUCCUUGUCGGUAUACCGAUGUCGUCGUGAUGCGAAUUGUGUUUCCUGGUUCGUCGAAGAAUUAAAGAAUUUGGCACACUUUGUUAAAUCAAUUUUAUCAAAUAACAUACAAAUGGAUGAUUUAACGAGCGAACAGCAGGAGACAUUUCGCAACACGACGCAUUAUCACAUUUGCGAAAAACCGUUGGGAGAAAACGAUACGAGGGUGCGCGAUCAUUGCCAUCUAACCGGUCGGUACAGAGGUCCCGCGCAUUCCAAUUGUAGUCUAAAUUAUAAAAACUCUUUUUGCAUUCCCAUAGUUUUUCAUAAUUUGUCCUCUCUCGUUUCGUUAUGGCAAAUUGUCGUCGAUCGGAGUUCGGCACG